AUGCGUGUUGAUCCCGCCGUGCUCAUUGAGCUCAUGAAAGAAAUGCUCAAGUGGCGUGCUCCUGAAGCAAUAGUGCAGAUAUACCUCAACGCCCUCUUCGUCAACGUGAACAUUAUGACGUUGUUCUACCUCAACGGGUGCGAGCGCGAGCUAGCUCCGAACAUGAGCCCGGACCUUGAACUAGCCUACUUCCGCUAA